AUGGCGGCGGGGGGGGCGGCGGCGGCGGCGGGCCUGCGGGAGGAGCAGCGUUACGGGCUGUCGUGCGGGCGGCUGGGACAGGACCACAUCACCGUACUGCAUGUGAAGCUCACCGAGACGGCGAUCCGCGCGCUCGAGACCUACCAGAGUCACAAGAAUUUAAUUCCUUUUCGACCUUCAAUUCAAUUCCAAGGGCUCCAAGGGCUUGUCAAAAUCCCUAAAAAUGAUCCCCUCAACGAAGUGCAUACCUUUAACUUCUAUUUGUCAAAUGUGGGUAAAGACAACCCUCAGGGCAGCUUUGACUGCAUCCAGCAAACUUUCUCCAGCUCUGGAGCCUCCCAGCUCAAUUGCCUGGGAUUUAUACAAGAUAAAAUUACAGUGUGUGCAACAAAUGACUCGUAUCAGAUGACCCGAGAAAGAAUGACCCAGGCAGAGGAGGAGUCCCGCAACCGAAGCACAAAAGUUAUCAAACCCGGUGGACCGUAUGUAGGAAAAAGAGUGCAAAUUCGGAAAGCUCCUCAAGCUGUUUCAGAUGCAGUGCCUGAGAGGAAAAGGUCAACACCCAUGAACCCUGCAAAUACGAUUCGCAAGACACACAGCAGCAACAGUGUCUCUCAACGGCCGUAUCGGGACAGGGUGAUUCACUUGCUGGCACUGAAGGCCUAUAAGAAACCUGAGCUGCUGGCCCGACUGCAGAAAGACGGUGUCAAUCAGAAAGACAAGAACUCCCUUGGAGCCGUUCUGCAGCAGGUAGCCAAUCUGAAUCCUAAGGACCUCUCAUACACCUUAAAGGAUUAUGUUUUUAAAGAGCUUCAAAGAGACUGGCCUGGAUACAAUGAAAUAGACAGACGGUCAUUAGAGUCAGUGCUCUCAAGAAAAUUAAACCCAUCUCAGAAUGCUGCCAGCACCAGCCGUUCAGAAUCUCCUGUAUGUUCUAGUAGAGACACUGCAUCUUCUCCUCAGAAACGGCUUUUGGAUUCAGAUUUCAUUGAUCCUUUAAUGAAUAAAAAGGCUCGAAUAUCUCACCUGACAAAUAGAGUGCCGCCAACAUUAAAUGGCCAUUUGAAUCCCACCAGUGAAAAAUCUGCUGCAGGCCUCCCGCCGCCCCCUGCAGCCGCUGCCAUCCCUACUCCUCCACCACUGCCUUCAACCCACCUGCCUGUCUCCAACCCGCCUCAGACUGUAAAUUCUAACUCCAAUUCCCCUAGCACUCCAGAAGGCCGGGGAACUCAAGACCUACCUGUUGACAGUUUUAGUCAAGAUGGUAGUAUCUAUGAGGACCAGCAAGACAAAUAUACCUCUAGGACUUCUCUGGAAACCUUACCCCCUGGUUCAGUUCUACUAAAGUGUCCAAAGCCUAUGGAAGAAAACCAUUCGUCUCACAAAAAGUCCAAGAAGAAGUCUAAAAAACACAAGGAAAAGGACCAAAUAAAAAAUCACGAAGUUGAGAUGAUUGAGGAAAAGGAAGAGGACCUUAAGAGAGAAGAGGAAAUUGCCAAGCUGAAUGACUCCAAUCCGGAUUCCAAUGAAGGAGUUAAAGAGGAUUGCACUGCCUCCACGGAGCCUUCUUCAACAAUUGAACUCCCAGAUUAUUUGAUAAAAUAUAUUGCCAUCGUCUCCUACGAGCAACGCCAGAAUUACAAGGAUGACUUCAAUGCUGAGUAUGAUGAAUAUAGGGCCUUGCAUGCCAGGAUGGAGACUGUGGCUAGACGAUUUAUCAAACUGGAUGCACAGCGAAAGCGCCUUUCUCCAGGCUCAAAAGAGUAUCAGAAUGUUCAUGAAGAAGUCUUACAAGAAUAUCAGAAGAUAAAGCAGUCUAGUCCCAAUUACCAUGAAGAAAAAUACAGAUGCGAGUAUCUUCAUAACAAGCUAGCUCACAUCAAGAGACUAAUAGGUGAAUUUGACCAACAGCAAGCAGAGUCAUGGCACUAG